AAAUGAACUUGAAUGCCAUGGAGUUGCCGUAUCAGAACAAAGCCGAGCAGAACUGGAACAGAAAAUAGAUGAAGCUAGAGAAAAUAUUCGUAAAGCAGAGAUAAUUAAGUUGAAAGCUGAAGCCCGGCUAGACCUGCUAAAGCAGAUUGGCGUUUCUGUGGACACAUGGCUAAAGAGUGCCAUGAACCAAGUAAUGGAAGAACUGGAAAAUGAGCGGUGGGCCCGAACUCCUGCAGCCACCAGCAAUGGCACACUACACUCGCUAAAUGCAGAUAAUGAAAGAGAAGAAGGAGAAGAGUUUGAAGACAAUAUGGAUGUUUUUGAUGACAGCAGUUCCAGUCCUUCUGGUACCUUAAGAAAUUAUCCACUCACCUGCAAAGUUGUUUAUUCCUACAAGGCUUCUCAACCAGAUGAGUUGACCAUUGAGGAACAUGAGGUGUUAGAAGUGAUUGAAGAUGGAGAUAUGGAAGACUGGGUAAAGGCUCGAAAUAAAGUUGGCCAAGUGGGUUAUGUGCCAGAAAAGUACCUACAGUUUCCCACCUCGAACAGCCUACUGAGCAUGCUGCAGUCCUUGGCCGCUUUGGACAGUCGGUCACACACAUCCAGCAAUUCCACGGAAGCAGAACUCGUUUCAGGCAGCCUCAACGGAGAUGCCAGUGUCUGUUUUGUGAAAGCACUUUAUGAUUAUGAGGGCCAGACAGAUGAUGAGCUAUCUUUUCCUGAGGGAGCAAUCAUUCGUAUCUUGAACAAAGAGAACCAAGAUGACGAUGGCUUCUGGGAAGGAGAAUUCAAUGGGCGGAUUGGAGUGUUCCCAUCGGUGCUAGUGGAAGAACUUUCAGCCUCAGAAAAUGGUGAUACUCCAUGGAUGAAAGAGAUUCAGAUCUCUCCUUCCCCCAAGCCGCAAACCUCCCUGCCUCCGCUACCGCUGUAUGACCAGCCUCCCAGCAGUCCUUACCCUAGCCCGGAUAAGAGGAGUGCCCAGCUCUUCCCCCGGUCUCCUUCAACAAAUGAAAACAGCCUCCAUGCUGAGUCACCAGGAUUCUCACAGGCAUCAAGGCAUACUCCUGAGACCUCAUAUGGCAAACUCCGGCCUGUCCGAGCGGCUCCCCCUCCACCCACACAGAACCACCGAAGGCCAGCAGAGAAGAUGGAGGAUGUGGAGAUCACACUGGUGUGACUAUGGGCUUGCCCUUUGUUACCGCUACAAUCAAGGCCAGGCUUGGAGUUUGGCCCAUCCUGUUGUUUAGGCACCUUUGCAUGAUGGUGACUCUUGAACAGAGCAAAACCAAGGCAGAUUCUCUGUGACUGGGUGGCCUGGUGAACUCCUCCCAUGUUUUGAAUAUUUUGUGCCUUUUUUUUUGUUGUCAUUUUCUAUGUCAUCUCUCCUACCAUAGCACAAAUCCUAGUGGGCCCUAGAAGCAGAGGAGAGCAGCCCUCAUGCCUAACAGUGGUCCGUUUUUAUAGGAGAUUCCAGUCCAGGCCUCAUUCCAGGGAAUAGUCACAGAAUUCUGAUCAUGUGUGCUCGUACAGUAUAUUACUGUGGCCACAAGGAUGUGGCAAAGAUCUCAUCGUUCUUCAAGUAGCUUUUGUUCAUCUGAUUAAGUAUUAAUCAGAUUCUGUUGGCUCCAAAAGGAAACAGAAGGAGGGAUUCAGGAGAGGCUGGCUCCUCCCCGAAGUUCAUCCCCAGAUGAAGAGUGAAACCAUACCAGGAAAAAGUAGACUGCCCGUUGCAUUAGCGCCAGUUGCAUUAACGCACAUCUCUUCCACAACUAACAGAUUUAAAAUAAUAACAGUGUCCUUUGUAUUAAUAUUUAUGCCAUUCAUUUAGUAUUAGUGGGGCUAACCUGGAGGGGGCUAAACUAGUAGCCACAUCUUGCCCAUCACAUAGACUAAUAGAAAGGAGGCUACGGCCACAGCAGAGAUGGAGCUUCCAGUUCUGAAAUGAGCCGGUUUAAUGUUCUUUUUGUCUUUGGACAUUUUUCAACUCAGUUUUUACAGCAUAUACUCUUCUGACCAAUAUCUUUAGAACCUGAGUGUCUGAUAAAUUAAGGACACAUGCCUGCUUGUUGAGCUUCUCUAUCGGGGAGGUCCCUAGCACUAUUUUGUUCGCAGGCUAGUGCACUGACCCAGACAGCCUGGUCGCUGUUGGUAUAGACAAGCUGUCACUCAUGAAAAAUGCAGCCUCCAGGUCCUCCCUGAUGCUUCCUAGGAAGGAAGAACCUGUGGGCCUGUGGAGGAAACUAGCUUCCUGAGCAAGAAAAGACUCUGACUGCACAUCCCACACAAGUGCAGACUGAUGAGCAAAAGGAGCCUUCUUCGAGUCCCAGGAGAGCUGGGGAUGGGAGGGGUGCUCAGCAGUCUGCAGCACUGGGAACAGCGUGGGGCUCUGGAAGGUAGGGAGUGUGUUACCUAGGGACUAAGGGAGGCUUGCCUGUUGCUUUUCUGUUUUUGCUAAGAAAUCAGAUUUUUUAGAAUUUAAUCCAAAAAUUGUAUUAUGCUUUGAAAAUCCCAUCCCUCUUAAGAAUCUUUAGAAACUUGAAAUGCUCACCAAACAUCCCCGUGGGAUUUUUGACAAAAUGUAGGGUCAGAACCGAAGAAGUUUUCAGUUAUUCAUUUGAUCACUUCAGUAACUAUACCCUUGACUGUUCUCUAUGGUUUUGGUUUUUUGCAUUUUGUAAGCUGUUGAUCUAUUUGAGGUCUUUUUAUGUUUAUCAAACUUAUUCUUAAGUUUAAAAGAGCAAUUAAAAGGGUGGUUUUUUAAAGAUUUUACAAUUUGCUGAAAUGUUACAAUUCUAARAAGUGCUUAUUAAAUAGAGCAGUUCAACUUGACACCCAGUCUUCUACUCUUUCUUUAGCUAGCCAAAUUUUCCUUGAAUUUGGAUUUUUCACAACUUCAGAAAGUUGUUGAAGUCUUUUGUUAGAUCUUAAAAUGUUUCUUGGAAGAGCUGCUAAUUUUAUUUUUAAAAACAAAGUUGUAAAAAUAUGCCUCCUUUUUAAAAAAAUAAUCCCUCCCUCCAGGACAUGUAACCCAGCAUCACCAUGCACAGGGCAGGGCUCAGAAAGAGUCUCUGUGCAGAUGCGCUUUCUUUAC